UGUAAUAUGUUUACUAUAGUUUUUGCUUUUGCGCUUAUAGCAACAAAUUAUGUUGCAGCAGAAAUACCUUCUUUUAUUAAUGUAUGCGGACGCAAAAAUCCGAAUCUUAAUAAAUGCAUCUUGGACAACAUUGAUAAUAUAAAAGAUAAGAUCUGCGAAGGAAUCCCGGAAUUGGACGUUCUGCCGAACAAUCCAUUAGUUAUUGAGAAACUAAUCAUUUCUGAUACGCCAAAUUCUAAGAUAUCUCUUCAAAAUGUGAAAGUGACGGGAAUUUGCGAUUUUGUCGUAAAAUACCUUCAUUCAGAUCUCGAGAAACUUCAUUUCGAUGUUGAACUUUUAUUCAGACGGCUCCAAUUGAAUGCCACGUACGAUUUCGACAUACGUUUAUUAGUGCCUAUUGUUAACAAGGGACCGGUUUACAUCACUACAAAUAAUGUAGAAGCAAAGGUAAAUUUGGACAUGAAAGUAGUAACCAAAAAUGGCAAAAGAUAUGUGUAUUUAGCAAAGAUGAAGAUAAAUCUCGACGUCAAAGGAUACACCGCUGAGUAUGGAUUGAAUAAUGCAGAACAAAAUCGACUAAAUGAAGUCAUUAGCAAUUUUAUAGGCAACAAUCAAGAGGAGGUUAUUGCUGUCUUCAAACCAGCAUUAGAAGAAACAAUUGUCAAACGAAUUCUCUUGCUUUCCAAUAAUAUAGUUAAACACUUUACAUUAGAGGAACUUUUCCCUGAUCGAGAAUAAACCGCAUAAUAAGAGUUUUUAAGUUCCAUUGUUACACAAUCAUUUUGCCCAUUUUGUGAUUUAUUUAAAUCUUUCGUACGUCCGGGUAUCCCAAAAGAGAUGCGUUUUGUAUGAAGAUGGUUUUAUAGGGGAUUUUGGGGAUGCUGAUUCUAAAUUUAAAUUUAAA